CUCAUUUCUGUGGUUUUUGGUCUCCACGGUCGAUUUUGCUCUCGGAAGACUAAGAUCUUUGUCUUCACUCUCCUCAACCUCUCUUUUUUAGCACAACCAUCUCAGACUCAGAGGGUCCUUUCUGUCAUCUUCUUCAUCUCUCUUGUGGGAUCUCUGAGUCUUUCUCGCCGGUAGACGACUGGAUAGCCAAAAAAAGGAAAAAUCACAGAAUCAAGAGAGAAGGAUCGAGGUUCUUGUGGGGAUUAUUCUUUCUUAUUUGUCUCUUGCCUUGUAUUUGGAAAAGUGGACAGACCAAUCUGUUUUCUCUCAGCCUUGAUCUUGGAGCUAGAUUUUUAUGUUGAUUUGUUUCUCGUGCUGCACGGAAAUAGAAAGUCAAUCUGCAGACAAUAUGGUUUUCUGAAGAGAACAAUUUAGUCUUAGUUUCUGAUGCUGAAGUAAUAAGUGGAAUUUGAGGUUUUGCUUCUCAAAGAGGAAGAUGUUGGAAGGAGGGCCAAAAUUUCCUGGAAUUAUUGGCCUAAACAAUCAUGAUAACAAUUAUGAUGAUUUAUCACAAGUUUUCUAUCAUAAACUUGGUGAGAAUUCCAAUAUGUCAAUAGACAGUUAUGAUAGCUUGCAAAUAAGCAAUGGUGGAAGGACUGUAAUGUCCAUAGAAAGUAUUGGGUCAAAUGAUUCUCACACUCGCAUUUUGAAUCACCAAGGACUGCGGCGGCAUGCUAAUGACAACUACUCUGUUCAACGGAGUGUUAACCAUAAUGGAAGAGCCAUGCGUGCUUUGAAUGAUGAUGCACUGGCCCAUGCACUAAUGGAUAGUAAUUCCCCUACAGAGGGCCUUGAGAAUUUUGAUGAGUGGACCAUUGACUUGAGGAAGCUUAAUAUGGGGGCAGCUUUUGCACAAGGGGCUUUUGGGAAACUCUACAGAGGGACUUAUGAUGGUGAGGAUGUUGCCAUCAAAAUCUUGGAGAGGCCAGAAAAUGACCCAGAAAGGGCAAAGUUGAUGGAGCAACAAUUUCAGCAGGAAGUUAUGAUGCUGGCCACAUUAAAGCAUCCCAACAUUGUUGGAUUUAUUGGUGCUUGUCGGAAACCAAUGGUAUGGUGCAUAGUGACAGAAUAUGCAAAAGGAGGUUCAAUGCGUCAGUUUUUAACAAGGCGACAGAACAGGGCAGUGCCACUGAAAUUGGCAGUUAAGCAGGCCUUGGACGUUGCAAGAGGAAUGGCCUAUGUUCAUGGGCUUGGUCUGAUUCAUAGGGAUUUAAAAUCUGACAAUCUUUUGAUUUCUGGAGAUAAAUCUAUAAAGAUUGCAGAUUUUGGGGUUGCUCGAAUUGAGGUGCAGACCGAAGGAAUGACACCAGAGACAGGGACAUACCGCUGGAUGGCACCGGAGAUGAUUCAGCACAGGCCUUACACACAAAAAGUGGAUGUCUAUAGUUUUGGUAUUGUUUUAUGGGAACUCAUCACAGGUAUGCUUCCUUUCCAGAACAUGACAGCAGUGCAGGCUGCAUUUGCAGUCGUCAACAAGGGUGUUCGACCUGUCAUUCCCAAUGAUUGCUUACCUGCUCUUGGUGAGAUCAUGACCCGUUGCUGGGAUGCCAACCCUAAUGUUAGGCCGCCUUUCAUUGAAGUCGUCGAAAUGCUUGAGAAUGCAGAGACAGAGAUCAUGACCAGCGUGCGCAAAGCUCGAUUCAGAUGUUGCAUGAGCUUACCAAUGACAGUGGACUGAUUUCCACAAGGGAAAAGAAAUAUAAUAAUAGGACAUAAGAAUAGAGAGAGAAGAAGAAUAUGGAAAAGAAAAAAGAGGCUGGAGGAGGUGAUUACUGAUGUCCUUUAGCGUUGUGUAUUUUCUUUCUUAAAAUAGAGAAGAAAAAAUAUGUGAUGAGAAUUGUUAAUUCCUGGUUUAGUUCCUUCUCCCUUUUCCUCA